AGAUUAUAAGCAACAAUAAAGAUGUUAUAUAUAAAUUUGUUAGACUGCCAUCAUUCAUUUUUUUAUCUACAAAGACCUAAGAAGAUUUUAUAUAAAAAUGUUAAUUAGCACAAACUUUUAGACAAUCAUGGAAUGGAAAGUUGAUACGUUUACUUUUGACAAUGGCAUAUCUUCUGAUCUUUUAUUUGGUGAUACGCCAUUACCUUCAUUAUCACUAGAAAUCACGCAUACAGUUUUUUCAUCAUUCAACAGAACUAGUCUAGAUGAUGGCUUGAGAACUCCAGAACUUGUAAUUUUUUCAGCUGAUGAUUACAGUAACAAUUGUGAAAUAUUAAAUCAGCAACUUCUAACAGAUGUAAAUCCAUCAUUACAAGCAACAACACACAACAUGAUUGAUUCACCAAACAUUGAUGGUUCAUUAUUAGAAAAUCAAUCAAAUGUUUCUGAACUGGUAAAAAGUGAUACUUUUCAUCAAAAAGAAAUGGAUAUAAGUUUUUAUUCUAAUUUAGAUACUAUCCCUGAAAUACCUGGAAUAUCAUCUAUGAAAAGCAUUGAAAAUAAUUUUGAUACUACCAAAUCAUUAGAAAGUUUGUUUGAAAUAGAUAAGGAAAUUUCAAAUUUACCAUGUAUGAAUGAUAUUAAGAAGGACGUUGAUAAUAUGGAAAUGGUACCAGUGUUACCAGAAGCAUCUAUAAUUGAUGAUGAUUACAGAUUGCCAAAUGACAAAACAGGUGAUAAUGUUUACUGCAGUCAAACUUGCACUAGUCAAAGUGAUUUAAGUAAAGAUGGUGAAAUUAAUGAAUGUUUUCAUUCUAAAAGAAGUUUUAAAGAUGAGAUUAAUUAUGAUAUAAAUAUGAAUUCAACUAAAGAUGAAAGUAAUGAACUUUCAGUAAUAAAUAUGAACUAUCUUUUAACAUCUGAAAAUUCUUAUCUUUCAAAAAUUGAUAAAGAAAUUGAGGAAAAUGGUGAUUCAGAAAAUAAUACUUCUGUAUUUCUAGAAGAUAAUGCAGAAUCAAUGGAAGCAAUAGCAGCAGCAGAAUUUGCAAUUUAUCAAAUGAUUGAAGCAAUAAGUGAUACUUCACAAACUGACACCACAAAUGAUAAAGAAUUAACAACAAAUAAUUUUGAUGCAACUGAUUCUAAAAAUCAGGAAUUUAAUUCAGAAGAAUUAAUGUGUGAGGAAGAUAAUGCAGAAAAUUCAAACAUACAUGUUAGUGAAAUUUCAGAAGUAAAUGAGAUUAAUCAUUUUUCAGGGGAGCAUAUUAAAAUUGAAUCUGUACCUCAUGAAGAUGAUAAAAACAACCAAAAUGAAAAGUAUGAAAUGCAACCUAUUGUUGAAGACAGAGAGCUCUCUGAUCUAAUCCCAAAUGAUACAGAACUUUUUAAAAUUACAAAUUUAGAAUGUUUUGUAAGUUUGGAAAGACUAGAUGAAUCUUUUAUCAAAAAUUUGAUUACAAGCAAAAGAAAUAAAAAUUCACUGAAAAAUCAGAAAUCGGAGAAUUCUACAUUAAAUGUUGUUAAAAUGAGUAUUAAAAAACCAAAAUGCAAAGUUUGUAAGCGGAAUUAUUCUUCUUUGGCAUCAUUGGAAAUUCAUAAAUGCAAAAAGCGAAAAUCACCCGAAAUGCACAAAUUGAAUAGUAAAAUUUCAAGUCCAACUACAGCUUUAAUUAACCAUUUUGAAUGCAAUAUGUGCAAUAAAUCAUUUGAUGAAAAAGAAUCUCUGUGGGAUCACAUGAACAUUCAUUAUAAUUUUAGUUCUGAAAAUGAAAGUUCGUCAAACACAACUGAUGAAAUUUUAAGGAAUUCAGAACUUGAUCCCGAUAGCAAUACACUGUGUUGUCAAAAAUGCAAACAGACAUUUCAUAACUAUUCUAUUUUAAUUCAACAUUUAUGUUAUAUGCAUAGCAAUCAUUUCAGACAGUGCGAGUUCUGUAAAUACAGAUUUAAAGGUGGAGGCAAUAUAAUGAAUCACAUGUCACAUCAUAUAAAUCAUAAAAUUUAUAACUGCGAUUCUUUUCGCUCUGAUUUUCACGAACAACCAGAAACGCAUAUUUUAAAAUGUCAUACGUCAGUGAACAAAGAACAUGAUUCAGAAGAUAAUACUGUGGAACUGAAACCAUGUAGUGUUCAACUCGAGAUUUUGGACUUGAAGAUGUCUUGAAAACGGGUGAAGGGAAUUUGGAAAUUCCAUGCCAGUCUGUGCCAUUUUCUAUGUACCUAGUUUUUAUAUAGUCAUAUCCGAACGAGUUUAGCUCCGAAGAUCGGUUAUCUACUUGCAAAUUCCUACAAAAUGACAAUUUUAUUGCCUAUUUCUUAGAAGACAUCUGGGUCCAAGCCAUUGUGCCAUGUUGCUUUAAAAUUUAUAUCAAAUGUCUGUAAGCAAAGAUAAUACUGUUGAAAUGGUUUAUAUUUUAACACAAAAUACACUGUUGUCUGUUGUGGAAAAUUUUCACGACCGUUUUGCAAUCAAAUCAGAUCUCGUUUGUUUUGAAAAUGUUCAACAACGAUCAUCAGUUCAGUCAUUCAUUCAAAUAAAUAUCAAAAAAUUUGUUAAUAUUUCUAAAAGUAAACAUUUUAGUUGAGUUUUUAAAAUGAUUUUCUCAAAGCAAUAACUUUUUUAUUUCCUCAAAGAAAUUUUUUUUUCUUAUUUUACUUGUACAGAACAAAUAUUUUGAUCAUAAUUCUCAAAAAGAUUCAAAAUAUUUAUUAUACGUUGCCAAUGAAAAGCCCUUUUUUGCUAAAGCCAUUUAUAUUUCUAUAAUUUGUAUAAAAAAAAAAAAACGAGAAUCUAUUAAAGUAUUUUAUUGUAAAAAAACAAAACAAAAACUGAUAGUCACUAUAUAUUUCAUUUGUGAUGUGAGUAUUGUGUAAUUGCAUUUGGAAAAAAUAGUAAUUUUUCUCCAUGUGCUUUCAACGUACAGCUAUAUAUGUUCAUCACUUCAUUAUCGUCAAAUUCUGUUUUUAACAGCAACAAGAUCCAAAUGUUCCUCGCCGGAAACAAUCAAGACAAAUUAUAAUUAUUUCUUAAAUAUUUUGUAUUCAAGAUAUAUAAUUUUUUUUCAUUUUAAUUUUGAAAAUUAGGUGAUAAAAUGUAUUUUUUAUUUAAUAAUUAGAUUUUUUUU